GAAAAAUAUGAUAAAAUAGAAGUUUAAACGUCCUAGUUGUUCAAAUCCUUAAUCCAAAACGAGUCAUAUUUUCGUAGUUUUACACGUUUUACUGCCAGGAGAAAUGAACUACUGACGAAUACAUUGGUUCCGGAGCACUGAUGGCGAGGUAGGGGAUGGGUCGUAAUCCGAUCCGCAGAAAAGCCACCAGACAAAUAACCUGGGUUGGUUAAACUUUCAUUUUUCUGUUUGCUGUUAUUUUGUACGUUCGUUUACCCCCCUUUUCUUAUAAAAGCAUGAAGGGAGGGAGGUAGGGAGGGCUUUUUAUUUUGGCCACAAAUAUCUCGUCACACUGGUCAAGAGGAUCAAAAAGCAGAAACAAACAGGACAGAGAAGCCCGUUAUAGGAAUUACAAGAUAUGAAUCCCUUGAGAUGUGCUGUUCUACUGGUGGCCUUACUCAGUUUUACGAUCUGCACACUGACCUCAAGUGAGGAAUUCCCUCUGAGGACAGCACUCCCACCAGAGAUAGUACCAUUCAUCGGGACACUAUAUGCUACAUGCAGGAUGAAUCCCAACACUCAGUUGGCUCCAGGCAUGCCUAAAGUAUAUGGCCAGGUUCUUUUUAAACAAACUGGCCCAGAAGGAGAGCUAAGGGUAACCUUUAGGUUGCAUGGCCUCCCAACAUCAGAUUCUCAGUCCAGAGCUAUACACAUUCACCAGUAUGGUGACCUAAGUGAAGGUUGCACCUCCACCGGUGGGCAUUUUAACCCCUCAGGCAUCAACCACCCUCACCAUCCUGGAGACUUUGGGAACUUUGUCCCACGAAAUGGGAAAAUUCGUCAGUCCGUAGACUCUGAUGCCACGCUUUUUGGUGGGUGGUCAGUGCUUGGUCGCGCCGUGGUGAUUCAUGAGCGUGAAGAUGAUUUGGGUCUGGGAGGAGAUGCGGGAAGCCUGCUCCAUGGUAACGCAGGAAAUCGGGUGGCAUGCUGUGUGAUUGGCAUGAGCAGCCCGAAACAGUGGAACAAGUUUCAUAACUGAAUUAACCUGGAUCAGAAGUAGCCUGCACAGCUACAGAGAGUUGAAGUUACCCGCAAGCUAUAUCAGAGAACUGCGAACUGUGAGGGUAUCAAUUCAUAAUAUCUUUGACCUAUUUAACAGUUGAACAUAUAAGUCUAUUUACAUGCAAAAAGGAAGGGAAAAACAAUAAAUUUUCCCUUUGUGAAAGUGCCUAUCCAAAUGUACGUACAGUAGUAUAUCUUACUUCAGUUCCAAACAUAAUGUUCUUUAAACAAAAUUAAAUAUGUUGGUUGCUCAAUGCGUAACACAAAGGUUACACAUAUACACCAUUAUGAUGUUUUGGUCGAGGCCCCAGGUCUCUAAAAUAGUCUGCAUAUAGGCAACUCACCAUAAAACAGGAAGGGCGGUCUUUUCUCACUAAGGUCCUAAUCUCUGGAAAUCUCUGGAAUGAGGGCUCUGGAUAAUCUCGGUUCAUUUGAAAGGGAGGUUAAGACAUACUUGUUCAGGUUGGCCUUCAAUUAAGGUCUUGUCAAUUUUAUUCCAUUACUUGUUAUAUUUUGUUAUUAUUUUACUGUUUAUAUUCUAUGUUUCAGUUUUAAUCACGUUUACUUUAUCAAUGAUUUAAUUUCUUUUAAUUUAAACUCUUGCUGUAAUUUUUGUUUUUCUGAACUUGUAAAGCACUU